GCCCAUGUGAGCGAGCUCGCUCCGAUCAGCGCUCAACCGUGCAUCCUACACCAUCAACAACAUCCCCAACACCUCCGUCUGCCUGUUUCUCACCAUCUCCGCCUGCACUCCGACCCUCAAUUACAUCCCUAGAGACCGCUGGCCCGUCACUCCCAUCCACCAUGAAGUUCUCCCAAGCUUCGCUCCUCGCCGCCUGCGUCCCCGCCAUCUCCGCCCGCUUCCUGGAGACGGCCGAGGUCGAUAACGUCAUCCUCCACCCCGAGGAGACCUACCUGAUCGAGACGGCUCCCGGAAAGACGCAAUGGGUCACCGAGGACGAGAAGUGGGAGAUGCGCCGUAAUGGCCAGAACUUCAUGGACAUCACCGCCACCCAGACCCUCGGCGCUAACGCCAAGGCCCGAGCCGCCGUUACCUUUCCCAAGAAGUGCGUCAAGCAGGACGAGGUCGUUCCUCUCGCCAAGAACCUCGACAAGAAGAACAUGAGAGCCAACCUUGAGAAGUUGACUAGCUUCCACACCCGAUACUACAAGUCCUCCUACGGCCUGCAGUCCUCCGACUGGGUCCUCGAGAAGGUCAACAGCAUCAUCAAGGAGGCUGGGGCCGACGCCACCGUCUUCGCCGAGAGCUUCCCCCAUACCUGGCAGCAGCACUCUGUUAUCGCCACCAUCCCCGGCCAGUCCAACAAGACCGUCGUCAUUGGCGCUCACCAGGACUCCAUCAACCUCUUCCUGCCCUCCAUUCUCUCCGCUCCCGGAGCUGACGAUGAUGGAAGCGGUACCGUCACCACCAUGGAGGUGUUCCGUGCCCUCCUCAACUCCAAGGAUGUUGUCGAAGGCAAAGCUCCCAACACCAUUGAGUUCCACUGGUACAGUGCCGAAGAGGGCGGUCUUCUCGGCUCGCAAGCCAUCUUCCAGUCUUACGAGGCUGCAGACCGAGACGUCAAGGCCAUGCUUCAGCAGGAUAUGACUGGCUUUGUCCAGAAGACUUUGGACGCUGGUCAGCCCGAGAGCGUCGGCGUUAUCACCGAUUUUGUCGACCGAGGCUUGACUGAGUUCAUCAAGGUCGUUAUCGACGAGUACUGCGGCAUCCCCUGGGUAGAGACCAAGUGCGGUUAUGCCUGCUCCGACCACGCCUCUGCUUCCAAGGCUGGCUACCCCUCUGCCUUUGUCAUCGAGUCUACCUUUGAGAACUCCGACGGCCAUAUCCACACCAGCGAUGACCUCAUCAAGUACCUCUCCUUCGACCAUAUGCUUGAGCACGCUCGCAUGACGCUCGGCCUCGUUUACGAGCUCGGCUUCUACGAGUUCGACGAGUCUAAGGAGGAGUGGACCGACCUGUAGGCAGGCAUCGAAGAGUGAAAGCGCGUCUGGAUUUGGUUGAUUGUCGGAUGAAGGCGAAUGACUUUGAUAGAAUGGGUCGGUCGAUUGGAUAGACUGUGACUCUUGUUUUUGGUUCAUGAGAUUGCUACGAAUUAAGUAGAAAGGGCAUUAUCCCUUCAACUCUGAAUGUCCCUGUG